AUGAGCCAUCAUCAUCACCAUGCGGGUGCACACAAGUACCGGCUGAAGGUGACCGCAGGCGCAGACUAUGAUCCUGACACUCACCAAGUCGUGCCGGUCAACGGCGAGACCUUGCGAAUCGACAACGAUCACGCAACCGUGAGUCUCUGUGUACGGAUCCGAGACUACGCUGAGAGUCCAAGGAUCGUACUGAUUGGUAGUAAACCAGGAUACCCUGACAAUUCACCAUCCACGAGCUCCUACUUCAAACAUCCCCUUCACACAAAGGACCAAUAUUCCAUCAGCUUCUCUAUCAUCUUCAAGGAACACGUCAACGGGAAUGAUCUGAUCUUUGGCAACGAUUUCGAUCGCCCGAUCCGCGAUCGCCUGCCGCCGGGCUUCAACGUUGCUCUACGCAUAGUGAGGUGGACCCUCGACCCCACCAUCGAGGGCGACGCCUACGCCGACCAGCCGUACCUUUUUAGCCCGGCUCUCGCGACAUGGAAUCAAUUUCAGAUCGGAAAGAUGAUCCAAAAGUCAGACGAGGUGCCGGCCUUACACGACGAAGUUGUUCAAGAAGGCGCUGACACGGCCGAGGGAACCGAAGUACGCCACCGGUUACAUAUCCCUAGUACGGUCGAUGCACGCAGAAGACAUUUCCAAGAUGAGGCCAAUCGACAAGCUUUCGACUUCGAGCCGGGAAGACUGUAUCUUGCCAAUUUCGGGAAUCCCUAUCUGGCUUUCAGCGAUUUCUCUCUUCGUCUCCCGGGCUUCACCCUCCACGCGAUGCAGUAUGUCGACGAGAAGAACCAUGAUCUGCGGUAUGUGCUGAAGGACUCGAGGACGGGCCGCGUUUACUUGGUGGUGCUGUUCACGCUGGUUCUGCGUGGCACGGACCAGGAACCGGCGCAUAAAGAACAGGUCACUAAAGGACUAGAUGAGGUUAAGGCGAAGAACAAAGAAAGUAACGGGAGUCUGGGGAAAUUCGAAUGGGAGUCAUCGUCAUCAGCCGGAUAUUGA